AGCACAACCAAGAAGAGUUGUGAAUAUCCUUGAGAGAUAUGUGAGGUGUUGUUUUUGAGAGUUUUUAGUUAGAGCUUGUAUGUCUCUUCUUUCUAUUCUUGAAAGUAAUAGAAGUGUUUUUCUCUCAUAUUAGCACGGUCUUGUUAUUCCCAACAAGUGGUAUCAGAGCCUGGUUGAGCUUUUGAUAUUUUUCCAGAUUUUUUCAGACAAAAUUCUACUGUCUGAAAAAUCGUGUUUUUCAGUAUUGCUCGGAAUUGCAAUCUGAAUAUACCGUUGGAUUCGUCUCGUCGAGACGAGAAAACUGGUAUUUUUGGGGAAUUUUUUGGCCACCGGAAGCUGCCGUACGCGUCGCCAAACGCCGGCAAAAACUGCCUGCGUCAUCGCUGAUGUCAUCACGCGCAGUCCAGAGAUAGAAGACGGCUGACGUCAUCGCUGACGUCAUCAACCAGCCAGAGCUGCGCCACAUGUGCAGUCCCAGCACAGUCGACCGCCACGUCAUUAGUCAACUGCCAUCUUUCACCUGCGUCCAGUCAGCUGCCACGUUAGCGCCACGUCGCUGCCACGUCACCGGUCAGUUUUUAAAUUUUGAAAAAUUGCAGUUUGGUCCCUCAAUUUUUGAAAAAUUAUAAUUUCGGCCUAUGAUUUUUCGAAAAUUGUAUUUUGACCCCGAAAGUGCCUACCCACCAUUUUCGGCCGUUCAGGACGCAACGGUGCUGCCCGUUUUUCGAAAUUCUGCUCCGAUUUUUCUGAAACAGAAAAUCAAAAUUAUUUAGAAGGUGAAAAUGACCUUUGACGAGUCAACUUCAUCUUCCGGAGCUAUGAUUAUGCUCACGGCUACCAACUACACGCUAUGGAAACCUCGGAUGGAAGAUUUCCUUAGCUGUAAAGACCUUUUUGAUCCAAUAGAGAUGAAAGGUAUUAAUCCUGACCCGGCCAAGUCAACAAAGUGGAAGAAAAUUAAUAGAAAAAGGGAAAACUGUCAAAUAUGUUCUCGAACUUUCAUAAAAAGGUCAAUUAAAUACUUCUAUAAGAGGUUCUGUCCGCCCGUCGCGAUUUGGGGAAGUUCCCGGUGGAUAGUCCGGUGGAUACUCUUAAGCUUGGUUUAGAAUAGGAUUUCUUUUAUAUUUUUAUAGCAUGUUUAGUCUCCAAAUGAGGAGCUAAACUUCCAUUUCUUGGUGUUGCUCUUGAAGCUUGUUGAUUAUUAAAGUUGUGAGUUAUUUUCUUAACUUCUUCCCUUGAAUAUUAAUUUUUCUCUUAAUCUAUCUAUAUAUUAAUGUUGGGGAGUGUUGCUAAGAUGACAAUUAGUUAACAUCUCGACAUUAAUUAUGGUAGUAUUUAUUUUCUUCCUCUAUAUAUUAAUGUUGGGGAGUGUUGCUAAGAUGACAACUAGAUAACAUCUUGACAUUAGUUAUAGUAGGAUUAUUCAUAUUUAAUCUUCUUCCUUGAAUAUUAAUUCUUCACUUAGUCUAUCUCUAUGUUAAUGUUGGGGAGUGUUGCUAAGAUGACAAUUAGUUAACAUCUCAACAUUAAUUACUACUAGA